CAUUGUUGCUUUCAAUGGUGGUUUGUCCGCACGUGUUUCUCAGUGAGUCCCUAUAUUGUUUAAACCUAUUUUGAGUGAUUUUUUCCAGUUGACAUUUGACAUAAAAAUUUAAAUAAAAUGGGACGUAAAGGUAAUUUUGUUGAGAAGACCCCAAGUGGUCCGGGCAGAAAAGCCAAGAAACAGAAACCCCCAACUUUACCAGUCCAUUUAAAAGAAGUGAAAGAACCAAAGGAAACUUUGGGUAGACGGUCACAGAAACGUGCGGCCAAACGAAGUGCUGUAAAAGCUGGAACAGCUACCCGUAAGAAACCUGCCAAGAAAAAUAAAACUAUUUCCGAUGAGUCCAUUGACAGUGAAGGUUUGUCGGAUGAUGAUGGUGAAAAAAAAAAACUCUUCAAUGAUGGAGAUUCAGAUAGCAUGGGAGAACAAAGUGAAGAUGAUGAACCAUUAAACGACAACUUUAAGGGAAGCUCUGGAGACAGUUCCGAUGAAGAUGAGGAGGAGUUACCUAUUGAAAAGAAAUCAAAGCAACUCAGAUUGAAAAAACAACAAGAAGAUGAGCUUGGCGAAAAAGAAUUGUUGAUGAAUAUCCAACAAUCAGAAAAGUACACUCUUCCAAGUGGGGAAGAAAUAGAGAAAGAAUUGCUAUUGCCACCAGACCUGACAAUUUUGAAAUCAAGAAUUAAAGAAGUUGUAGGAGUUCUUAGUGAUUUCACUGUCAAACGAGAAGAGGGUCGUGACAGAGUCGAAUAUCUUGAUCAACUGCGCAGAGAUCUCUGUACCUAUUACAGCUACAAUGAAUUCCUGAUGGGAGCCUUCAUGGAAACUUUUCCACUUCACGAGCUAAUCGAGUUCCUUGAAGCCAACGAAACCCCUAGGCCAAUGACGAUUCGUACCAAUACUUUAAAAACAAGGAGACGAGACUUGGCUCAGGCUCUCAUCAACAGGGGUGUGAACCUCGACCCCAUUGGCAAAUGGUCUAAAGUUGGUCUUGUGAUAUACAACUCCCAGGUACCAGUCGGUGCCACCCCCGAGUACCUAGCUGGUCACUAUAUUCUACAGGGAGCCUCCAGUUUUUUGCCUGUCAUGGCUUUGGCGCCCCAAGAAGGCGAUAAAGUACUUGAUAUGAGUGCUGCACCUGGUGGCAAAACUUCUCAUAUUGCUGCCCUAAUGAAAAAUACGGGCAUGCUAUUUGCAAACGAUGCAAAUCCUGACCGAGCUAAGGCUGUCGUUGGUAACCUCCACCGUCUUGGAGUUACAAACGCUGUCGUAAUGACUUAUGACGGAAAAGUUCUGCCCAAGAUGAGUAGGGGAUACAAUCGUGUCUUGCUUGACGCUCCCUGCAGCGGAUCAGGUGUCAUUUCCAAAGAUCCCUCAGCUAAAACAUCUAAAGAUGCUAAAGACGUUAGCCGUUGCUCUCAUCUUCAAAAAGAACUUAUUCUGGCCGCCAUAGAUUGUGCUGAUGAGGGUGGAUACAUCGUCUACUCAACUUGUUCUGUGCUCGUCCAAGAAAAUGAAUGGGUCGUAGAUUAUGCACUUAAAAAACGACACGUCAAAGUUGUCGAGACGGGUCUCGAUUUCGGUCGAGAUGGCUUUCCUCGAUUCCAAAAAUUAGUGUUCCACCCAUCCAUAAAAUUAUGCAGGAGAUUCUACCCCCACACUCACAAUAUGGACGGUUUUUUCGUGGCAAAACUGAAGAAGAUAUCCAAUACCAUCCCCUCAACAGCCGUGGAAAUUGAAGAAGAAGAACCUGCCGAAGAGAAGAACAGCAACGAUUCUGGUGACGACACAUCCGCAAAGAGCAGAAGAAUGAAAAGGAAAAAGGGAAACAAAGCAAACGACUCGAAUAACAAAAAUUCGAAUCCAAAAAUAAAAAAUGGAAGUGAUGUGAAGGAUGUGAAGGCCAACGGUGUCGCUAAAACAGGACCGAUAUUGUAUUCCGUUAUGCACUUACUUGUACCUCAUAUCGUGCACGAAAAACCAAGUAUCUAUGUGCUCAUGGUUAUUGGAAUCCUUUCAUCGCUGCUGAUCGCCUUUUUCUGGGAUGCCACUAGCUACAUCAACGGCGAGGAACACAGCACAGGACUCCUUACGUUGCUGUUUUUCUUAUCGCUAGUCGAUUGCUCUAGCUCUGUUCUUUUUAUGCCCUUUAUGGCCCGAUUUCGUCAAGCUUACCUGACGUCUUACUUGGUCGGUGAAGGGCUUAGCGGUUUUCUACCUAGCAUUUUCGCUUUGAUACAAGGCGUCGGUGGCAAUCCAUCGUGCCGGAAUUCAUCGACUAUUAUCAAUGGAUCAGAAUCAUGGCAAGUGGAGGCUUUCUAUCCUGAGCCAAAUUUUUCGGUUUCAGCAUUCUUUUUCAUCCUAAUGGGGCUCAUGAUCUGCUGCGCAGCAUCUUUCAUCGGACUUAACCAUUGUUCUGUGGCACGACGGGAGCGCUACGAGUCUGUAGCUACCCGGAUACCUGUAGCUAUUGAUAAUCAAAAUUUCGUUGCGUCAUCAGAAUUAGUUGACCCCACGUUCAACGGUAAAUCUGCCAAGAUAAAUUACCAUGUAGAGUUGGACACGGUAAGCGAGGAACAACAACGGGUUAAUACGGACAUACCGAAAUCCGUCUUUAUCUAUUUGCUGAUGUUGCAAGCUUGGGUAUGUGCCCUUAGUAAUGGAGCUCUACCCAGCAUACAAAGUUACUCAUGUCUACCUUAUGGGAACACUGCUUAUCAUUUGGCAGUGACGUUAUCGGCAAUGGCAAAUCCGGUUUCGUGCCUCAUUGCCUAUUUUCUGCCAAUCACUAAUGUAUGUCUUAUAGCCGUCUUCGCCUUUUUGGGCACAUCAGUAUCUUCUUACGUCAUAGCGCUGGCCGCGCUAAGUCCAACUCCUCCGCUGGUCGGAUACCCUUCAGGAGAAACUCUGAUGAUUACCUCCUGGAUACUGUGCGUCGGUCUCCUUACGUACGUCAAAGUUAGUAUUGCUUCCAUCUUCCGGAUGGAAGAAGGAAAGGGAGAUCGUAACUUGUUUUGGUUUGGAGUAUUCACGCAAGUGGGAUCGGCAAUUGGCUCCAUUAUUGCCUUCCUCUUAGUAAAUAUCUACCAGUAUUUUGAGGCAUAUUAUCCAUGCACAUAAAUAGUCGUUCUACAAAGUUAUAGAUAAAU